CGCCGCCGUCAAAGCGCGCAGUCACACCGCGCUCCAACGGCCAGUCGCGGGUUAACAGCUAGUCGCCAGCCGGCCGCAGGAGCGUGCAGUGCAGCAGCGUCUUCUCCAGUCGCCGGACACCCAGACGGCGCUACUGAGAAACACCACGUUGUUCGACCAGUACUCCAUAACUCGGAGAGGCUUCUCCAAGACGAGUGUAAUAAGAGUCAUCAAGGAAACGAGACUUCCCUGUACCACAAGAAAGAGUCCUCAAGGACACGCGACUUCCCUGUAGCUCAAAAAAGAUACACAUUGUGAAACUGAGACUCCAAGAUGAGGCAGUCUUUGCUAUGGUGUCUCCCACUUAUCAUCGUCCUUUUUGCAUGGGAAGCGACCAGUCAUGGCAGGCUGAUCGAACCACCUUCCAGAGCUACCAUGUGGAGGUAUGGUUUUGACACACCACCAAACUACAAUGACCACGAACUGUAUUGUGGUGGCUUCUCGCGUCAGUGGAAUAAAAAUAGUGGCAAGUGUGGAAUAUGUGGUGAUCCUUGGGAUUCACCAACGCCUCGUGCCCACGAAGCUGGUGGCAAGUAUGGCCUGGGUGUGAUAGUUCGUAAGUACAAACCUGGUGCAGCUAUUCCAAUAAGAGUGGAGCUCACAGCCAAUCAUCAAGGCUAUUUUGAGUUUCGACUGUGUCCACACAACAAUCCUCGUCGAGUUGCCACCCAGGAAUGCCUGGACAAGCAUCUACUGGAACAGGCACGUGGUGGUGGUGCACGAUUCUACCCCGGCAGUGGCGGAAAUCGUGUAUUUGAGCUCCGAUAUAAACUUCCUGCUGGGCUGACAUGCUCACAAUGUAUCUUACAGUGGAGGUACAUAGCAGGGAACAAUUGGGGAAACUGCCCAAAUGGAACAGGAGCUGUCGGCUGUGGACCACAGGAAGAAUUCCGUGCUUGUGCUGAUGUUUCAAUUGACUCUGGCGAAGGCACUGUUGAAACAGAGACAACCGAGACCUUGGAGACAUCUGGAACGACUGUACCAGCCACAGGGGUUACAACACCAACACCCGAGACAGUCGCUGUGGAGCGCUGGCUGGUUGUUUCUAUUGUGCUCGCAACACUUGUUGGAGUGUGUGCUAUCAUUGCGUUGCUCUAUCUGUAUUUCUACCAUGCUCGUGAUACAGUCAAACGAUGGCUGGCACGCAAGCAGCCCAUUCCACCUCCGAGGACACGCAAACAUCUGCACCAGCAGCAACAAGAAGAGAGACUGCAGCAAGAGGCAUAGGUUGCAUGAACAAUGUGAACCAAUACAGUCCUUUUCUACUGUGCUAAUACUGAGCAUAAUGUUUGUUUAUAUUCCUUCCCUGAUUUGACAGCAGUGAUUUUUGCAAUUUCCUCCACCCACAAGACACCUAUUCAGUAUUCUUUAUUGGAGGAGGAAAUAUCCCAAAUGAAAAUGUAAUGUGACUCCAUACAAAAAUUAUGGGAAGUCAUUUUUUUACAAUACUAUGUUUGUUACAUGCAUACGACAAUUAUUUAAUUAUAGAAAAAUGAACAUGAGACUGACUGUAAGGUUGUCUCACUGUUGUGAACCAACUGGACAAUACUGCUUUUAAAAGAUAGAUUCUGCUCCACCUAUCCAUGAACACCACAAGUUUGUAUUUAUUUUUGUGGUGUUGAAACAUCUUGUCUGAGUACAAAUACUGAAACAUGGAAAGAUGAUGGAGUGUUGUUAAUGAAUUAAGUUAUAUGGUUUCUAAGAUUAUCUGAUUAUAUCUUUUCAUAGUCUGAAUUCACAAAGAAAGUGUGUUUCUUAUUCAUUUCCACAUAAGAAUCACUGAAAUGGUUAGUUACCAUUCGAGAAGCAGAACUGUAACGGUACUGUACUGCUGCUAUAUUCAAUGUAUGGAAAACAAACUAAAAGUUAAAUAGAAAAACGGUGGGUUUAAAAAUGAAAAAGUUUCAAUGAAACAAAAUUACUCUACAUCUGAGCAAAACUCGGGCUAAUAGUCAAUUGCUUAUCAUAAAUUAAAUUAUGUUAUAACUGUUGAAAAUUGUACAAUGUCAAUAAUUCUAAUUUAUGAGAACAGUGAAGAUACAAAUCAACUGGGUACCAAAAACAUUUUUCUUACACAAAAAGAAAAGUAAGAAGUUCUAAAAAUGCACUGCUUCGGAAAUAUUCUGUAACUGAGAGAGUUAUGUGUUGUACAUAUUUAUA